ACGCCCUCCCUCUAGUGCCAGACUACCGUUUUCCCCAUCAUGGCUCCUUCGGACAGACCGGGGUACUGGGGCCGACCAACAUCAACAUUGGACUGGUGCGAGGACAACUACAUCGUCUCAUUUUACAUCGCCGAAUUCUGGAACACCGUCAGCAACCUUAUCAUGAUCCUACCUCCCAUCUACGGUGCCGUCCAGACCCUCAAAGAUGGCCUGGAAAUCCGCUAUGUGUUCGCUUUCUUAGGACUCGCGGCUGUGGGGGUUGGGUCCUGGUGCUUCCACAUGACUCUCCAGUACGAGAUGCAGUUACUGGACGAGCUGCCAAUGAUCUACAGCUGCUGUGUCUUUGUGUACUGCCUAUAUGAAUGUUUCAAACAAGAAAACGCGGUCAAUUAUUUUCCCAUAGUCAUCUUAUUGAUCUUCAGUGUUGCCGUCACUGUAGUGUAUUUACAGUGGAAGGAGCCGGUGUUCCAUCAGGUGAUGUAUGGAAUGCUGGUCGGGUGCUUAGUGCUGCGGUCUGUGUUCAUCGUUACGUGGGUGUAUCCAUGGCUCCGCCCCCUCGCCUACACCUCCUUAAGCGUGUUCAUGAUCGGCUUCCUGCUGUGGAACAUCGACAAUCAUCUCUGUGACACGUUGAGGAGUGCCAGGCAGAGACUGCCCCCUGUUGUCGGGGCAGUCACACAGCUGCAUGCCUGGUGGCACAUUCUGACAGGGCUGGGAUCCUACCUGCACAUUCUCUUCAGUCUCCAGACGAGGACUACCUACCUCAAACACAGGCCGAAAGUGACGUUUCUCUGUGGGGUGUGGCCUGUCAUUCGUGUAGCCUCCCAGAAGACCACGUGAGCGGGCGGCGGGGGAGGAGGGGGGGCCCGUGUGGAGGGCACGGCCGCCGUUGCUCCGGUAACGAGCCGCCGGGCCGGACGGGGGGAGCGGGCCGGUCUCCCCCACCCCGGCUGCUUUGGAUUCGGACUGACGGCCCCAGGGACGCUCCCAUAUUAGCCGAGCGUAGCGUUUAGCCGACUGCGGAUUUCCAGGGUCAGGAUCUGUUGGAAACUUGCACUCUAAAAACCAGAGAUGUCCUCCAUCUUUAGUCAUGCGCUCGCAGCAAGCCUGGUGUUGUGUGCAUGUGUGCGUGUUUGUGUGUGUGUGUGUGUGUGUAGGCCUAACACUACAUCCAAACCACCCUGUUUUCUUGUUUCCAUAACCCCCGCCUCAUCCCUCCAAAUUCUGCGUGUGGUGUUAAAUCGAUUCGUGAUCCUGUCGCACAAAAACCCGGCGCCCCCCGAGUGACCGAUGUUCCCGUUCACUGCAUGUGUGUAAGAUCACAUUUCAUUUUCUCAAUCAUUCCUCCCCCCCCCCCCCCCCCGCAGCAGAACACGCACACGGUAGCAUUCGGGGUGGUUUUAGUUGUUGUGCUAGUGAAAAAUGGACUUUAGAGCGAGCUUGCUAUUGGUAGCCUGCGUGUUUAGCAUCAAGACCACAGAACACUAUGCAAGUAAAACAGUAGUUAGUGAUGUAAUUUGAUAUGUUUUAACAGGGGAUAUUAAGAACGAAUGAGGUAUUUGGCAUCGAGCGCUUAUACCUGGGGCCAGUAGUGUGACGGACAUCCCCGUGCUUGCCGUGAUUUGGGCAAAACUGGAAAUCUUGACAGCUUUGGAAUGUUUAAACCUGGGCUGACAAGCUCCUUUUUUUUUUCUUUUUUCUCUGAUGUAGUCAAUGUUUAUGGAAUUUUAGAAUGAAAAGCAAAAUUGAGCGCGUAAAUGAAAGGAACACAUUUACUCCAGAUACCAGCAUGCCUUGCUGCGUGACUGAAAGUGUGCAGUCGGUCAGUGAAUUAUCGCUGUCCUGGUGGUUGCUACUCACACUAAUUAAUUCUCUAAGUGGAAGCACUGGUUGUAUUUUGUGCUGGUCACAAAACAACUAAAUGGAACAUUUGCGCUUGUGGUUAAGGGAUUUUUUUGUGUGUGUGUGUGCCAUUUCAUAUUUGUCUUACUGGCUGCAAUGCAAAAGGGGUCCUGCUUGCUUGUAUAAGUUCAAGGACAUUCAACGGCUCUUUUUGGACCACUUGUCAGCUGCACAUAUUGGGGAAUAUGAAGUAAGUCGUACCACACUACGACUGUGGUAGAAGUUUAGUUGUUCACCAGGCAGGUGGGAUGUUCAGGGGCCAUAAUGCUACAAAGUUCUCUAUUGUCCCUUUAGUCAACAGUUGUGAAGUCAUUUAGAAAGACGUUUUGCUUGAAGUGAUUUUGGAGGGCCUAACUUGCAACAUUGCUAACAUUGCAACAUUGCUAAUCAAUACAAAAGUAUUAUAGACUGUAGCAGAUGAGUUGAUGUAUGCUAUAUAAAUUUAAGCUGUUGCAAUCUAGGAGUUCAGAUUUGAGGUUUUGAUUUAAUUAGCUGUUUUUUUUUUUAGCGGAUCCAAACAUUUUAUUGUAGGUUCUUAAUGAAGGCAUGUUUUAAUUUAUUCUACUGACACUGUGUCAGAUAAUCUAAUGCUAAAUUAAUCUUUUAUUGGCUUGAUUUGUGCUCCCAGAAUCGUGUUAUUUCAACGCAAAUUAUUCAUACUAUAAUGUUGCUGUUUCAGUUGUAAUUUCCGUUGCCUUUUUAUAGAACAAAACAAAAAUGUAGGGGUCCAUUCCAUUUCAAUUACAUCAUUUCAAGAAACGCAUUUGAAUUUGAUUUGUGAAUCGAAAAGUUCAAGUGGAGAUUUUUCAGUCUUGAAUUGUUUGGUACUGUAUGAGUCCAUUCCAUUUCAAUUACAUCAUUUCAAGAAACACAUUUAAAUUCGAAAAUGUCAGAUGGAGAUUUUUCAGCCUGACCUUUUUAAAUGAGAUUAAGGUAAAGUACUGAAUCGUCCACUCUGAGAAAUGCCCCGGCUGGUGCCUUUCCUACCCCUGAGGGGUAAAGUGACGGAGUAGCCUACUACUCUUACCGUGGGGUCCCCUCAGUCAGCUUGAGUCACGGAGGGGACAGUGCAGUUUCUCGAGCUGUAGGCUGCUGUCAGAAACCUGCUCGUAUCAUUUACCCCUCACGCCCCCCCCCCCCCCCCCCCCCCCCCCACCGGGCUUCACCGUGAAUCUGAAUCUUUUACCGGACUCUUCCGGAAAACCCCAACUACCGUCGUUUAUUCAGAGUGAGCUGGGUUCAGCAAGACAGUGCAAACCAGUACCUUCUAAAAAAUUUGUUGGGGAAAAGCACAAGCCCUGUGGACAGGAUGUAAUUUGCUGUUUCCAUACGAGUGCACAACAAGGUUAACGAUGACUUGGAACAACUAAGGAUGUUUUUUUUUACUGUUUUUUUUUUUUUAAUUUUACAUUUGGGGAAAUGGGUUAAAUCGGUAGAUUAGUGGGAAAAUAUUAAAUGAGAAAAUUUCAAAUGAUCAGCUCGAUGUGUUUGUAGCCUAAUUUCAUUUGAGGCCGUGAUGGGAAUCGCCGUCGCCGUCCAACAAACGCUGCGCAACAGCAUUGGUGUGCUGAUAACUUUUGUAUCUGAACCCUCGAUUCUGAAGGACAUGCAUUAGUAGUACGAGGAUCAAAUGAAGACGAUACUCUGUCAUUUACCAUCAGUGGCGCACCCCUCCUCUAUUUUUCAUAUAAUCGCUCAUUUCGGAGGAAAGCGUUUUGUGCCUUUGAUUUGUCAUUAAUGUUGCCUUGGUCUUUGAUAUCGAAUAUUCUUCAGGAAGUAGCUGUUUUUGCAGCAUCACAGCCGCUUUAAAGAUCCCUCUGGAAGCGUAUCGGAACUUUCUGAAAGCGUGCUGAUACCGUUGUCUUGCUUGUAAAGUUUUAACUUCAGGUGAAUUACUGCGGGUUCUUCCAUCUCUAAUUUGAAUUAUAUCCCGCAGCGCUUCGCCUCCUAUUCGUUUGUUAUGUGUCUGAACUAAUGUUCAUUUUUGCCAUUGAUCAUGAUUGAUACAUUAUUCUGACGAACUGGAGUCAGCAUCUCACUAGGAAAAGAUUCUCUUCAUGCCAAGGUACUGACAAGUGUUGUUUUUACAGCCAUGUCUUUUGUAAAGAUGUGUGUUAGACUGACAUGCUUUGUGUUGUGUAAACGUAUCAUUUUUAAACGUUUUUAAAUUAACGUUGUAUGGCUGUAUUAACUGCGAUUAACGAACUGUGGAUUUCAGAUUGAAGUGUAAUAAAAAUGACGUACCAUG